GUUCUUCCGUCGCGCCUGCGCAGCGCGGGCCGCACCGUGACUAAGAUGGAGGUCGGGGGGACGCGGGCUCCGCCGCCUUUCUGGGCCGGGGGCCCGGCCCCGGGGCAAACGUACAGCCCCGUGGCGCCCGGGCCCGGCCCCGCCGCCGGCUCCUUGCCCUUCACCCGCACGCUGAGCCCGAUGGUGACCGGCACCUCGGUGCUGGGCGUGAAGUUCGACGGCGGGGUGAUGGUCGCCGCGGACAUGAUGGGCUCCUACGGCUCCCUCGCCCGCUUCCGCAGCAUCUCCAGGCUCCUGAAGGUGAACGACACCACCAUGCUGGGCGCGUCCGGCGACUACGCCGACUUCCAGUACCUCAAACAGGUCAUCGACCAGAUGGUAAUCGACGAGGAGCUGUUGGGAGAUGGUCACAGUUACAGCCCGAAAGCCAUUCACUCCUGGCUGACACGAGUCAUGUACAACCGGAGGUCCAAGAUAAACCCGCUCUGGAACACCGUUGUCAUCGGAGGCUACUACAGCGGCGAGAGCUUCCUAGGUUACGUGGACAUGCUCGGCGUGGCCUACGAAGCCUCUACGCUCGCGACGGGUUACGGAGCGUACCUAGCUCAGCCAUUGAUGAGAGAAGUCUUGGAGAAGAAACCCAGCCUGACGAAGGAGGAGGCCCGUGACUUGAUCGAGCGUUGCAUGAAAAUUUUGUAUUACAGAGACGCUCGGUCGUUCAACAGGUAUGAAGUGGCUAUUGCGACGGAGAAAGGCGUGGAGGUAGAAGGGCCGCUGACCCUGGAAGCCAACUGGGACAUCGCGCACCUUGUCAGUGGCUUUGAAUGAUCGCCAAGGAGCUGCUCCAGCCGUUGUGUCCACGUUAUCACCCUUUUUAUCUGCUGUAAAUCCGUUUCUCCUUUUGAAGCUCUGAUCUCAUGUGUUUUGGAAAGAAAAUAAACCCGAUAAGCCAA